AUGAACAUUGACAUUUGGCAAGAAGCCCUAAGUAAAGCUGGUUUGUUACCAGUGAUGAAUCAUAUUAUUGAUGGGUUCAUCAAUGGUUUUGAUCAGGGGAUCCCAGAUCACGUGAUAGGGAAUUUGAGAUGGUUCACCCCAGAUAACCAUUCCUCAGCAAUCAACGCUGAGGACAAAAUUCAAAAAUCCAUAAAUGAGGAGGUAGAAGCGAAGCGAAUGUUCGGCCCAUUUUCACACGAAGAAGUUGCGGCGAGAUUUAAAUUUUUUAGAUCAAGUCCACUAGGCUCAGUGGUGAACGCAGAUGGUAAGAUGCGACCAAUAAAUGAUCUAUCUUUCCCUAAGAAAAACGACAAGAAAAACAUUGGCAUAAUGUCGGUAAACUCGUUCGUCAACAAACUCGAUUUCAAGACAACGUGGGACGAUUUUACGAUUGUAUCAAAUUUUUUCAGGAACAAUGAAGACAAAUUCGACUUAGCACUUUUCGACUGGGCGAAGGCGUACCGUCAAAUACCAACGAAGUCAUCCCAGUGGCCAUUUUUAAUGGUAAAGGAUCUAAAAGGGGACCUGUACGUCGACACCAGAAUUACUUUCGGAGGCGUCGCAGGAUGUGGAUCUUUCGGACUUCCGGCAGACACGUGGAAACAAAUAAUGGAAUCGGAAUUCGACGUGAAGAAAAUUUUCAGAUGGGUAGAUGACAAUCUAUUCGUGAAGAAGACCGACUCUCUGUGUAACAUGAAGGCGGUUUCAGAAAGAUCGGUCGAAUUAGGGGUGGCCACUAGCGUGGAUAAGUGCACUGAAUUCGCAAGAGAACAAAAAUUUAUCGAGAUUUUUUACGCUAUUGAGGUGAGAAGUAAUAAGAGAUAUGUAAAGAAGUAA